CGCUUGGUGCUUGAUGUAAUUAUUUCUCAUCCGAUUUGCUCGGACGACUCGCACCGAAUCGCGGCAACGUCGCCAACAGCAGUUCCCAGGGCGAGCGCCCCCCGCAAAGAUGCAGUCCACAGCCGUACUACGCGCGUCCUGUAAUGGAAGCAGCGCCUUCGAUCGCCACCACCCCCAGUCCACUCCCACAAUACGGGAUCCAUCAAGAGCUGAUCCGAUACUCAGACCCGGCUUCAAAUUCCGCACCUUCCCAUCAUCAAAAUCGCCCUCUUCUCGCCACUCGAUCGCUAUAUCUCGAUGCCUAUUGCCAUCGAAAUCGCGGGAAUGCCCUCCUUUUGUCAAUUCGACUCCGAAAGUGGGAACUAGGGUCUGGCCACUUCGCUGCGGAGUUUCGACGAACACCUUCAAUGCGGGCGAGGGUAGGAGCUUCCGAGACUGGAUUGAGCUGGUGGGUGAGGCGAUAUCGACGGCAUUCCCCGUAUGGGUGGCGCUAGGGUGCCUGUUGGGGCUCGCGAAGCCGAGUUGCUACGACUGGGUCCAGCCCAAGUGGACCGUUCUUGGGAUUGCGGUGACCAUGCUUGGGAUGGGGAUGACCCUCAGCUUCGAUGAUCUUCGUGGCGCGUUGGCCAUGCCCAAGGAGUUGGUCUCUGGCCUUGUGCUCCAGUACUCGGUGAUGCCGAUCUCUGGAUUUCUUAUUAGCAAGCUUUUGAAUCUGCCAUCACAUUAUGCGGCCGGAUUAAUAUUGGUUGGCUGUUGCCCUGGUGGGACAGCAAGUAAUAUAGUCACUUAUAUUGCACGGGGAAAUGUUGCUCUUUCAGUGUUGAUGACGGCAGCAAGCACUAUAUCAGCUGUGAUAAUGACUCCAUUUCUGACCGCAAAACUUGCUGGACAGUAUGUUGCGGUUGAUGCAGCUGGACUCCUGCUUUCAACUCUUCAGGUAGUCCUUCUUCCUGUCCUGGCUGGUGCAUUUCUUAACCAGUAUUUCCAGAGUUUGGUUAAGUUAGUUUCCCCCUUGAUGCCACCUAUUGCUGUGGCAACUGUGGCUGUAUUAUGUGGAAAUGCAAUUGCACAGAGCGCUUCGGCGAUACUCGUGUCGGGCCGACAAGUUCUGCUUGCAGCGUCUCUUCUUCAUGUAUCUGGAUUUUUCUUUGGCUAUAUACUCUCUAGAAUGCUUCGGCUGGAUGUCGCAUCAGCAAGGACUAUCUCGAUCGAGGUGGGCAUGCAGAACUCGGUGCUGGGAGUAGUUCUGGCCACUCAACAUUUUGGGAACCCGCUGACGGCAGUGCCAUGUGCAGUCUCAAGUGUAUGUCAUUCGAUUUUCGGUAGCGUCUUGGCAGGAAUCUGGAGACGCACUUUGCCCUCUCAAAAGCUCGAGUAGAAGUUUAUUGCUUUAAUGUCUGUAGACCUUUAUUCUAGACUUUCAGCUUCUCUUCUCCAGUGCUGGCGUUGAGACCAAAUGUUUGGGAAUUGGGAUGCGAUCAGAUUUAGCUCUUGUGGCAUAAUGGGUAAAAGAUAUUGCAUAGAAGCAUGCUCAUUAGUCAACUAGAACGCAGAAAAAAAUGUAUGGGAAGUGCAAAUGUCGCGAAUUACUCUUUCUGAAGA